AUGUAUUCGCAUUCUCUUCUUCUCUGCUGGUCCCUGGCUGGACUGGCGUCCGCAGCCGACCUCGAGAAGCGUCAUGGCGGCGGCUCCUCGAUAUACGAGAUGCUCAACGACGACCUCGCGCGACUCAGUCUGCUGGUGCUGGGGCUGAUGGCCGUUGCCAUCUACGUGUGGAAGACGUCGCACCGACUGGCGAGCCACAUGCGACGGCUGGCCAGCUUCAACAACGAGCAUCAACGAUACUUCGCCGCCCCCCACGAGACGCUGGCCAAGGUCAAGAACCACAUCACCUACGCCCCCCUGUUCCGCAACCGACACAACCGCGAGUUCCAGCUCUCGCGCGCCGUCAACAUGGGCACCCUCCCCAGCCGCUUCCACUCGUUCCUGCUGCUGGGCAUCGUCGUCAUGAACGUGGUUUUGUGUGUCGUCACCGUGCCCUACGGGUCCCAGGAGGACACCGUCGCGGGUCUCGUCCGCAACCGCACCGGCACGAUGGCCACGGUCAACCUGAUCCCCGUCGUGCUGUUUGCCGGCCGCAAUAAUCCCUUGAUCCCCCUGCUGCAGGUGUCGUUUGAUACCUUCAACCUGAUGCAUCGCUGGCUCGCCCGCAUUGUGGUCCUGGAGGCCAUUGCGCAUGUGGUCGCCUGGUGUAUCCCGAAGGUUCAGGAUGAAGGUUGGAGUGUCGUUGGGAAGGUGUUUGGAGAGAGCAGUUUCAUGCUCAGCGGACUGGUCGCUGCCUGUGCCUUUGUUGGUCUCCUGGCCCAUUCUCCCUCGCCUAUCCGCCAUGCUUUCUAUGAGACUUUCCUCCACCUCCACAUCAUAAUGAUCGUGGUCUCGUUCGCCUUCCUGUGGAUCCACCUGAACGGCAUGAUCUCUCAGAGCUACCUGCUGGUGGCCAUCAUCUUCUGGGCGUUCGAGCGUGCUGCCCGUAUCUUCACUCUCCUCUACCGCAACUGCGGCCGAGAGUCCACAACCGCGCACGUCGAGGCCCUCCCCGGCGACGCCAUGCGCAUCACCCUGAAAAUGGCGCGUCCGUGGACCUUCCACCCGGGCCAGCACAUCUACCUCUACAUCCCGGCGGUCGGUUGGUGGACAAGCCACCCCUUCUCAGUCGGCUGGAGCGACGCGGAAGAGUUCCCCGCCUGCGAGAAAGGCAUCCCGAUGACGCAGCAAGACCUCCUGGCGCUGCAAAAAACCACCAUCUCCCUCCUCGUCCGCCGCCGCACCGGCUUCACCGACAAGCUCUUCCAGCGCGCGCAGAACGCCAUGGGGGGCCGCAUCUCGCUGCGCGCCUUCGCCGAGGGCCCCUACGGCAACAUCCACUCCAUGGACUCGUACGGCACCGUCAUGCUCUUCGCCGGCGGCGUCGGCAUCACCCACCAGGUCCCCUUCGUCCGCCACCUCGUCCAGGGCCACGCCGACGGCACCGUCGCCGCCCGCCGCGUCACCCUCAUCUGGACCAUCCAGUCGCCCGAACACCUCGAAUGGAUCCGUCCCUGGAUGACCAGCAUCCUGUCCAUGGACCGCAGAAGGGAAGUCCUCCGCGUCAUGCUGUUCAUCACCCGCCCGCGCAAUACCAAGGAGAUCCAGAGCCCCAGUGCCACCGUGCAGAUGUUCCCGGGCCGUCCGAACAUCGACACCCUGAUUGGCAUGGAGGUCGAGAACCAGAUCGGGGCCAUGGGCGUGCUCGUGUGCGGUAAUGGGGGUCUGAGCGAUGAUGUCCGACGCGUCUGUCGCAAGAGACAGGAUCGUUCGCAGGUCGAUUUCAUCGAGGAGAGUUUUACCUGGUGA